GUUUUUAAUACUGAACAAGAAUUAAAUCUUGUCGAUUAUAUUUUACGAGCAAAUGCAAUUUAUUUUGGACUUACGCCGAGAGAAGUACGACAAGUGGCUUAUUCGUACGGAACAUUUAUCCAAGCUAAGAUGCCACCAUCUUGGGUUGAAAAUGAACGGGCUGGCGUCGAUUGGUUCUCGUCUUUUUUAAAAAGACAUCCAAUUUUAUCUAUUCGUACCCCUGAAGCAACGAGUCUUGCGAGAGUAUCAGCGUUUAACCCAAUCACUGUUAAAAGAUUUUUUGAUAAUUUAAAGGAAAUCUUAGACGAAUAUCCUUUUACAUCUGCUGAAAUUUGGAAUUGUGAUGAGACUGGUGUCACAACGGUCCAAAAACCAACAAAGAUCGUUGGUAAAAGAGGUGAGCGUCAGACUGGUCGAAUAACUUCGGGUGAGCGGGGUAAACUUGUUACCAUGAUUGUCGCUGUAAAUGCUAUUGGCCAUUCAACACCUCCAUAUUUUAUUUUUCCUCGAGUUAAAUAUGCGAGUUUUUUGGUGGAACAUGGACCAGUAGGUAGUACUGGCAGCGCAAAUCCUAGCGGUUGGAUGAAUGAAGAUAUUUUCGUGGAAUUUCUCAAGCACUUUGCCAUGUACAGUAGAUGCUCAAAGGAAAGGCCCGUCCUUUUGCUGUUAGAUAAUCACUCAUCGCAUAUAAGUGUUGCAGCAAUAAAUUUUGCACGGGGAAAUGGCAUAAUAAUGUUGUCUCUUCCCCCGCAUUGUAGUAACAAAAUGCAGCCGUUAGAUGUGUCUGUGUACGGGCCUUUUAAGAAAGCUUACAAUACCGCAUGUGAUAGUUGGAUCACAAAUAAUCCUGGAAAAAUGAUGACAUAUCACAGUAUCCCAGGAAUCGUGAAAACGGCUAUUUCAGUAUCAAUUACACCAAGAAACAUUGUUGCGGGUUUCAAAAAGACAGGUAUUCAACCGUUCAAUUCAGAAAUAUUCAACGAAUCAGAUUUUUUGCCAGCCAGCGUAACUGACAGAUCUAAACCCAUUGGAGAAAUAGAAUCAGUAUCCAUCGAAAGUGUCAAUAAGUUAGCUACUAACGACGCUACUGAAUAUAGUGCAGAAUUGGCACCUAUUUCUGACAAGCAGCAGCAAAUCGAACUAACACCGCAAGUAGCUGUAUCAGAACCCUCCACUA